GUGGCGAUAAUGAAAAAUGUACCAAGACUAGGUCGAGCAGAAUACAAAAUGUGUUACUUUAGCUUUGUGCUUGUGUUUGUGUGAUAUGCAAUUCCAUAUGUCUCGAGUGAACGGCGACUUGAUGUGCGAGUUGAUUCUUGCCCCUUUCAUCGUCUUGUAUCACGUAGCCAAGUCAAAUGGUGGUGCAAGCGUUACCUAAACAUUAUCGAUAAUUUGGUUGCAAGUAUAAUAUUUGAGAAUCCCAAGAAGGCCGGCCUUAAUGGGGAUGAUGGCGCCAGCAGAUGACGAGCAAGUGUUCCAGUAUACCUAGCUGUUGAACUUGAUAUGCGUUCUAGACGAUCCUAAUAAAAACUUUGUACCCGAUGCUCCAUGCCUAAUCCCCUUCCUUCUCCAUAUUCGCUCAUUCCCUCGCUCUCAGUACCUGCAUAUAUCUUCCUCUCCAUCUUCCCUCCAACCUCACUCACUGUCUCAGCGGCAAUUCUCCAAUUCCACAACAUGGCUUUCCCCACACCACUCUCAAUCCUAAUCCUCAUCAUUGCCACUUGCCUCCCAUUCACUCUCUCUUCCCCCCAACUCCCACCGCCCAACGAUGGAUACGGCGACACGCCACCUCCUCCAGCCUCAAUCCCAUAUUUCCCCGGCGGCAUUAUAAUGCCAACCUUCAGCUUUCCGUUCAUGGGCGGGAAUCCGUUUACCACGUCUAAGAAAACGACAGCUGGGUUACCAAAGACAACUGCUGGGUUGCCGCCCGGUUAUACAUUCAAUCCACCUCCACCUCCUACCUCUACGACGUCGUCGGCAGAUGGAUUGCCCGGGUAUACAUUCAAUCCUCCACCACCUCCACCUUCGUCCAACUUGCCGGGGUUAUCAAGAACCCCCUCCGUCUCACCAUUCCCUCCUCCUACCACGACGCCAACGAUCCAGACUAGCAACACAGUUGACGGCAUCACCGGCCCCUCGAUCUCGAACCCAACAUCGCUCAACAUCCCACCAGCAACGUCUUGUCUCGCUCCGAGUCUAAGUCUCAGUGUUGUGACGCAGAUCAGGACCUCGACUCUGACGACACAUCUCGUUUCCGUCUCCUAUACGACCAUUAUCCAGCCAAUUCAGGUCACAGUGCCAAGUGUUAUUGUAGAAAGUUUGACGCUCCUGCAGACCCUGACAAAUCAUUAUUGUCCUCCUCCGACCACAACCCUCGGCGGAGGAGGUAGUAACGGGAAUGGCGGAGGUGGAUCAUCAACCUGUGUAUGGGCACCUCCCAUCACGACCGGUGGCUACACAAUCCCGUUCCAACCUGUCGUCGGAGGCAUUGGUGUGGGCGUUAGUCCUUCUUUCGAAUCGAGCUACAAGAUUUCUACCACGAAUUUCUUCUACGCCGAGACGGAAGUUCCGUAUGCGGAGUUUAAAUGCCAGUUCCAAUGCGGUGCAGGCUGUUCUUCGUAUUUUGUUGGUUUUUGUACGUCCCAUCCUCUCCCUUCCCCCCUUUCUCUCCUCCUUUUCCCCCUUCUGCUCUAACAAAAGAACCAAGAUUCCCCAACAUCCUCCUUCUCCUGCACGACAUACUCCUCCCCCCUCACACCUGCAGAUCUCGUACCAGGCGGGACGCUGAUCGGCGGUGUGGGCUUCAAUAAACUUUGUUCUGGAACCCCACCUACGACCACGGGGAGUGCGCUGGGUGGUUUCACGACGCUGGUUAGUACGACGGUGACUACUAGUCUAGGCGGAGGAGGAGGGAAUGGGGGAGGAGCGAGUACUACUGCUGGAGGUGGAGGCGGGAAUGGGGGAUAUGGUGGUGGACUGCCGCCGCCUCCGCCUCCGCCUACGCAGGGCGGUGGGUAUUAUGGGGUUUGAAGAGGUAUGGAUGGCGGUGGUUUGAGGUGUAAGUCUUCUUAAUUAUUUGAGGAAUUUUGGGGUUGAAUUAGGGGUUGUUGUGUUGUGGGGGUGGAGAAACUCUUUUAGGAG